CUUUAAAUAAUUUUAAUAUAAAUGCAAAAAUCUUAAACAUUUUUACAUGGAAGCUUAUUACAAGCACUGACUAUUCCAAAAAGUUUGUUGAGAUAAAUGGAACUAAAUCGAUACGUAUUAAAUUUAUAUCGAGAUAUACAAGAACAUAUCGGAAUAUAAGAAAAUAAACUGAACUGUGACAACGUGUGUAACACAUCGCUUGCUGCUAGAAAGUUUUCAUUGGCCAAAUUUACCAAUUGUAAAGAUAUCCCAAAAGUGCUGUGCACUAAGGAAUAUAUACAAAGAAUAAUUUGACAUUUCUAAAAUUGUGACAUUUAUCAGUGAGGAAUAACACAACUCCUACUUUAACUGAGAACAGCAUGAAAAUGGUGUUGUCGCAACGGCAGCGCGAGGAGCUUAACCAAGCGAUUGCCGAUUAUUUAGGCAGUAAUGGAUAUUCAGAGUCUUUGGAAGCUUUCCGCAAAGAAGCCGAUCUCAGUGGUGAAACCGAAAAGAAGUUUUGUGGUCUGCUGGAGAAGAAGUGGACAUCUGUUAUACGUUUACAAAAGAAAGUAUUGGACCUUGAGGCUAAACUUGCUGAAACCCAAAAAGAAGUUAUAGAGGGUGCUCCAACAAAAGUUGACCGUAAACCAGGCGAAUGGAUACCCAGACCACCUGAAAAGUUUUCACUAUCAGGACAUCGUGCCAGCAUAACACGAGUAAUAUUUCAUCCAAUCUUCAGUCUAAUGGUAUCAGCAUCCGAAGAUGCGGUCAUUAAAAUAUGGGACUUCGAAACUGGAGAAUAUGAACGCAGUCUCAAAGGUCACACAAAUUCCGUGCAGGAUAUAGCAUUCGAUGCUCAAGGAAAACUGCUUGCAUCUUGCAGUGCUGAUUUGUCCAUAAAAUUAUGGGAUUUCCAGCAGAGUUAUGAAUGUGUCAAAACAAUGCAUGGACAUGAUCACAAUGUAUCAUCUGUAGCUUUUGUGCCAGCUGGUGACUACGUGCUUUCAGCGUCACGUGACAGAACCAUUAAAAUGUGGGAAGUCGCCACAGGAUAUUGUGUUAAAACGUUUGUGGGCCACAGAGAAUGGGUACGUAUGGUACGCGUUCACAUGGAAGGUAACUUGUUUGCGUCAUGCUCAAUUGAUCACACAGUUCGUGUUUGGUCGAUAAAUUCAAAAGACUGCAAAGUUGAGUUGCGCGACCAUGAUCACACAGUUGAGUGCAUUGCUUGGGCACCAGAGGCUGCUUCGUCUGCAAUAAAUGAAGCUGCAGGAGCAGACAACAAGAAAGGUCACCAUCAAGGACCAUUCUUAGCAUCUGGAUCAAGGGACAAAACCAUACGCGUCUGGGACGUGAGUGUUGGAAUAUGCUUAUUUGUACUCACUGGACAUGACAACUGGGUGCGGGAAUUGGCUUUCCAUCCUGGUGGUAAAUAUUUAAUAUCAGCCAGUGACGACAAAACCAUACGAAUUUGGGAUUUACGCAACAAACGAUGCACGAAAACUCUAACCGCGCAUCAACAUUUCUGCACUUCAGUUGAUUUCCACAAAACACAUCCAUAUGUCAUUUCGGGUAGCGUAGAUACAACGGUUAAGGUUUGGGAAUGUCGUUAAGCCAAUAGUAAUUAAAAUUAAUAAAGGGUAAGAGAUAGGGACAGAUAUAUUUUUGGCUGAUCGGCUGAUUUAUGUGCUCCCUAUGUCAGGAGAUGAAAAUAAAAUAAUACAUAUAUUGUUUAAGAGCUACAAUUUACUUCAAUUAAUGCAGAUAAAAUACACACACACACACAACCUAUACAUAAAUAUAUAUUUAUUGAUUAUACUUUAAUUUCAAAAACCAAUUUAAGAAUCUUGUGAUUCAUCUCUAUUUAAUAUAGAUUACCAACUAAAAUUACGUUUAAACAAAGCAACCACAAAAACAUGGCAAACGCAAUUGUUGCUUUAGAAAGUGCAAAAUUCUCACAUUUUUCUUUAGGCGUAAAAUCUGUUCGUGAGGCAAAAACGACAAUUUGCCGACACCCGUUAGAACGUUGAUAUAGAAUAUACAGCAAUUCUCGACAUUUUCGAAAUUAGAAAGUGGGAAGUGUCGGCAGAUUUGUUUCAAACCAUUUUCUCUUAUUUUGUAAGUAUUGAGUAGAACUCUAAUCGAAUGUUAUGUGUACGCCUUUUAAUUGUAAUUGUAAACAACACACACUUUAAGUUUCGCUUGCUGGAUUAUUAUUUUUAAUUAUUAUUUCUAUAUAUAUGUAUACAUACACAUACAAUCAUUAUUAGAAUUAUGAUUUUAUACAAAAUGAAAAAAAAAAAAGAAAAGAAAAUAAAACUUAAUGAAAAUGUGUCUCUAUAAUAAAUUCAAGUUCAAGUAGAAGUUUUAAGUUAAUCUUAAUUUGUACUUUAAACAGUAGGACUUUUUUAUUUAAGACGAGUUAUAUUUACAUUACUUAUAAAGAGCUAAUAAUUAAAUAACAACAAAGAAAAAGAGAAGAAGCAGAAGAAAAAACUAAAUCUUGUGUACACGACAACUGAUUUAUGUUAUAUUGUAAAAUCGACACUGUAUAAUUUUUGUGUGUUUUCAUCCCAACUUUAAUACAAAACUCGCUCACUGCAAGCACAUGCAAGUAACUGAACUCCCACAGCCAACCGCAGCCAGUCGACCUGAGAUAAACAAUGACGUCCGUUCCACGUAGAAUCAAAUUAUGCUCAAUGACUAUGUGAAUACAAAUUUGUUUUAUAUGUUUUUUUUUUUUUUUUUAACAAUUGUAGAAAUCCAAUUACAAUAAUUCUUUAUUUUCUUUCGAAUUCUGUGCAUCCGAUUUAAUUUCCCUUGAGAAUGUUUUAUAUUAUUUUCUAUUUUUUUUUCUUGUGCCCACAUUAUUUGCAUUAAAAUUUAGCACAACAUAAAUAUAAAUCUCGAAAUCAUUGAAAUUCAAACAUGUAUUAACAAUAGUUAUAUGUUCUAAUUACAUAAUUAAUCUUGAGAAUUAAACGGAAACAGUAUCAACUACAACAACAACAAAAUUGUGAAAAUAUAAUCUUACUUGGCUAAACAAAUCUUAA